AUGGCCUCUGGCAGAAUGCAGAUCCUGGGAGUCGUCCUGACACUGCUGGGCUGGGUGAAUGGCCUGGUCUCCUGCGCCCUGCCCAUGUGGAAAGUGACCACUUUCAUCGGCAACAGCAUCGUGGUGGCCCACGUGGUGUGGGAGGGCCUGUGGAUGUCCUGCGUGGUGCAGAGCACUGGCCAGAUGCAGUGCAAGGUGUACAACUCACUGCUGGCGCUGCUGCAGGACCCGCAGGCUCCAUGUGCUCUCUGUGUCAUUGUCCUCCUCGUGGCCCUGUUCGGCUUCCUGGUCUACCUUGCUGGGGCCAAGUGUACCACCUGUGUGGAGGAGAAGGAUUCCAAGGCCCGCCUGAUGCUCACCUCUGGGAUUGUCUUUGUCAUCUCAGGGGUCCGGACGCUAAUCCCAGUGUGCUGGACGGUGCAUGCCAUCAUCCAGGACUUCUAUAACCCCCUGGUGGCUGAGGCCCAAAAGCGGGAGCUGGGGGCCUCCCUCUACUUGGGCUGGGCGGCCUCAGGCCUUUUGUUGCUGGGUGGUGGGCUGCUGUGCUGCACUUGCCCCUCGGGGGGGGUCCCAGGGCCCCAGCCAUUACAUGGCCCGCUACUCAACAUCUGCCCCUGCCAUCUCUCGGGGGCCCUCUGA